AUGAUUAAAAGGCCAGGAGAAAUGUCCAGUGACUCACAGAGCAGGGAAUUCAUAAACAGGCAGUCUUCAGAUUUGUCGACUGUACCCAAAGACUUACUUCCAUCAAAUGGUAGAGCAGCAUCCCAGUUGAAGUCCCAGGUUCGAAUCCUGCACAGAGAAGCCAAAGGUCCCAGUAAUAUAUCAGAGAAUCAAAACAAGGUCUUGAG